AUGACGGCACGAGAAGGAGUUCCUACGGAGCUUCCUUCGUCUAUGAAGACUAAAUCGCCAGAGUCGUUUUUGUUCACGUCUCUUUUAAAGCUGUUUUUAGGAGAACAGGCUGCAUACGUGUUUGGAAUUCUGCUAGAUCACAAACGUCUAACACUGUUCCAGCUUCAAAAAUACAGCAAGUUGAAGCUUUCACCACUGAAGAAGAUUCUAGUUUCGCUCAUACAGCUCGAGUGUGCUGUCUAUUUUGAAGAAAAUAAUUACAUCACCGAGAGAUCGCAAACCUACUAUUCGUCUUCGUUCAACGGUUGUUACAAGUUUCUCUAUGCAAAUUCCAUCAUCAACGAUAUUGCUCGUGACUACGGUGAUCUCCAUGCUACAAUUAUUGAGCAAGUUCUUGUCAAUGGUCAUUUGACCGCUGGCGAGUUCGUGAUGACAGCUGAUGGAGAAGAUCAAGCCAGAAAGAUUGAAAGUGCGUUUUCGUCGCUGGUGAACGAUAGCUGGAUCGUCGCUAUCGAUAAUACACACACCCAAAACAAGUUCGAUGUCUUUAAAAAGAUGUAUGAGCAACAAACCGCAGCGUUCAACUCGGAAAAUGCAGGUAAGGUCAUUUCCCAAUCGAAAAAGCUACAAAUGAUAAAAGACGAAGCACGUAGAAAGCACCAGCAACUAAUACACGAAGGGAAGUCCAAAGCACACCUUUUUGUUAACGACUCUACUGCCAUGUUCCCAAAGGUUGAUCCAGAAGUUCCUUUAGCAUUCAACUUCGAGCGGUAUUUGAAAAGAUUACGCUCGUUGCACUUCGCUUCCGAAGCAAAGCAUAAAGUGGGCACAGUAUCUUCUAAGAUCUACGCACUCAUCUUGAAUCGCGUGGAAGCCAAAUCCACCGACGUUCAAAGUCGAGAACUCGAGCUGGAAAGGUUUCUAUCCAAUAUGGGCCAGUCUGCUGUUGGGUUAGACCCGCGCAUCAUUGCUCAGAUCACAGGUCGGAAAGAAUUAAAGGACCAGGAACGAGGCAUGAAUAUCAGUGUGAACGAUGUUUACAAGGAAUUGGUCAGAAACGGAGAAAAAUUCAAUGUUUCAACAAAAAGUGUUAUGAACACCAUUGCUGAUCCGUCUGCAGAAACUGGACGGAAGAGAUCCAAGGAAAACAGUGGUAAUCCUGGUGUCAAGAGGGUGAAGCUUGAACUAGAUGAAGUUUUUGAAAGACUCGAGUCUCCGGAGGUGGAGUCUGAGGACGAAAAAGAUGGCGAUUAUCCAAGUGCCAAAUUAAUGGCUACUAUUCUACACCAUUUGAAACUGUUGGCGGCUGAUUCUGAAUUCCCAUUUCUUUCCGAAACAGACAGCGGACAAUUUCACGUGCCAUUUACUAGACUUUCACCUAUCAUUGCCAAGCACGCCUUCAAACAGUAUGUCAAGGCUACCAUGGGGCAGGACGCAUUGAAAGUUUUGAACUGCAUUGAGGAUAAACGUCUCACCGAUGAGAAGGCUAUCAGCAAGUCUGUUUUGAUGAAAGAGACUGUUGUCAGAAACGUUUUGAGUCGGCUGUUGAGUUUCAACGUGAUUGAACUACAGGAAAUCCCAAAGACUCAGGACCGUUCAGCAAUGCGUGCCGUUUAUGCAUUUAGAUUCAAGCCGCAAUCUGCUAUCCAGAUGUUCAAAAAGUCCAUAAUGUACAAUUUGGGACAAAUCCUCGAAAAAAUGGAACAACACAAACAGCAAAAUAGCAUCCUUCUUGAUAAGAUUGGCAGAGAAGAUGUCAAAGGAAGAGAAGCAGAGUUGUUACUUCCUUCUGAGUUGAAACAACUAGCACAAUACUAUGAUUACGAGCGAACUUGUAUCACAAGAUUUGGAAGACUUCGAACCGCAAUUGAUGUUUUCGAGUUUCUAAUAGCAUAA